AUGCAUGUCAAACCAACCCCCAUUGGCCCUGUGCCCUUUAGUGAUUCAGAUGCGCUCAAUGCCGAGCGACUUAUCUGCGCAGUCGACCGCAGCACGGCGGCAGUCUCUGGACCUACGCUGCCUCAUGAUCCCUCUCAACCAGGAUACCAUGUUCCAGACGAGCCCAGCGUCCCGUUGACUGACAGUGAAAACUUUCUCCGGAGAGAGCUCACCACACCCCUUCUAGAUUUGCUGUUUGGAUAUCUCUGGCUCGUUGGAAAGCAGUCCAGCAGCAAUAUCGACGCCCUUCAUGCUCAGGUCAUCAAGGGAAGAGAUAUUCUGCCGGCAGAAGAUCCAAAACUGCAUCUUAUCUGGCAGGAAAAGAGGAUAUUUAUAAAGCCCAUACCACAAUGUCUGUUAAAUUAUGACUUCUGGAGACUUUUCCUAUCGUCCGAAUCUCCCAUGAUACCGAGCCUAGAUUCUCCCUCGGAGUUGCAACAAGUGAAGCAUUCCACAUAUGGGUCAGACUCGUACCGGACGGUAGCAUUAGGGUUUCUACGAUCAUACUCCUUCCUCAUCCAACAUCGGUCCGACUUGUCACUCGCGAAAGAACAUCAUCUCAUCCCAAAGGAUAUUGAAUGGUCCCAGUGGUCGAGGUUCAUUUCAGUGUUUCGCAGCAUUGAUGAUGGAGACGUAGCAAAAAGGUAUUGGUACGGCCAACUCCGCCUCACACGACUGAACUGGGUCCUGCGCAUCCUCGGUCCCAGGAGUGAUGCAAAUGGCUGGUUCUACCACGAGCCUCACUGGUCCACAAUACCCUACAUGCGACGCGCCGUAGUGCCAUUGGUUUUCAUGUUCGCGGGUAUAUCCCUUAUGCUGGCCUCGAUGCAAGUCAUGCUCGCGGUUCCCAGCGACAGCCUCCUGAGCCUCGGAGGGGCUAACACAGGGUCCCUAGAAAAAAUGCAAGUCAUAUUCUGGGGGUUUUCUCUGGCAACAGUGUUCUUUUCCAGUGUGUCACUGGCUUUAUUGAUACUUAUCCCCUUAAUCGUCAUCGUCUGUCAGUUAUCUUGGGCGAUUAGGCAUAAGCCAGAGAAACUAAGGAUUGAUGGACCCCCAGGAGUAACAGUGUAA